GACGGGCAUCAGCUAAACAAACAGUUGACGUCAUGCAGUUGUUCAUUCUCUUUGCACUGUGCUUGGUGGCGGCGGCAAGUGAUGCACAUAAAGCAGUUGACAAAACGUUUGUGCCCCGUUAUACGCUCUUAGCUGAGAGCAAGAAAAAGGAUCAGGACUUGGAUCAGCUGCCAAGUGAUGUAGUUGAACGCCAACCUUGGCGUCGCUUGGCCUACGGCGGCUUUGGCGGUCAACAAACUGGCUGGCCGGGUCCCAUGCAAGCCGCUUCACUCGGCCCGGGCCUGCUGCUGUUGGGUGUCAAUCUAGGCGCCCUGCUCUAUAUGCUGCUUGGCUUGCUAGGACUAGCGCCGGCACAGCGAAUCGGGACGUGGCAUGCUGGUGACAUGUACCGAAACGAUAGACAAAAUUUGGAUGCUGGCAAGGAAUCGACAUUAUAUUUCUAGAGUUGAAGCAUUACACAAUGCUUUUCAACGUUUAAAAAAAAAUUAAAAUUUACAUAAUAUAUAUAUUUAAUGAUUAAUUAGGUUUUUACAAAACUAAAAGCAGUAAAUUAAAAGUUUGGUUUGCAUAAAAUGAACGAAAUUAAAAAUAAA